CCCGCCUCAAAAUCACCAUGCAGCACUCAAGGGAUUGAGAUAAGUGCAGAUUGAUAUUCCAUCAUUCCUCCCGGUGGCCGAGAGCAUACGAGAAUUGUGGACAGCAGGAGCAUCACAUGACCUGCCCGGUGCCACCCAAAGAUGGGAAGCAUUCGCAGACACGUUGGCUCUCGCAGAGAAGCCCAAAUGCGAUGCAGUUGUUAGAGCCACCGAGGAACAGAAACAAAGGAAGGCCCUGAGAGCCCAAAAGCGCCGUGAUGGAAAUUCUGGAUUGAACGACACAACAGCCUCGGUAUCUCAUGACAUCGCACAUAAGGACUUCUCCUCGAAGCCUAAAUUCACGAACCAUCGGCCUCGCCCCACUAGAAGAUAUCAAGGUGGCUUUUCCAAGCGUGGUCGCUCCUUUCAGUGCCACUGAUUCCAAAGGGGAGUCAUUGCCCGACACAAUCUCACCACCUCUUGCUAUGGUCGUUGGAUUGGACUUUGGCUGUAACCAAUAUAUGGCUGUAAAGGAAGCAAACACGAUGUACCCGAGCGUGCAAACGAAUAUCAUAGGUGUAGUCAAGUCCGCAUCGGAACCAUCCCUGACCUCUUGCGGUGAUUGGACCUGCUCCAUAAAGAUCCUUGAUCCAAGUCUUUUCUCCUCUGAAGACAGUUCACCGAGCGGUUUAAAUGCAUUUGUUUUACGAAGGAAUACAAGUGCUGGCUUCCCGUCAUUCUUCAUGACGUCAAGAUUGGGAGGCACGACGGCCAUUCCUGAAACGGAAGAGAUAAUUCACAACAGAGGUGACGUUCCCCUCUCUGCAUGUCUCGCACGAAACGGCAUUGGCGUUCGAUUCCCGCUUUUCCACAAUACACAGCCUCAAGAAACCGAUUAUUGCUCCAAACUCUUCACUUGGUGGGGCGCAAUACUCGAGAAGGGGCGGGAACGUUUCGAAUUAGGCUCCAUUCAUCAAAUUGAUGAAGGGACACGCGGACUUGACAUCUCCGUUACUCGACGAGUACAUAGGCUCAUCGGCGAUCUGUACGAACUCUAUGUUACCGACUACACGAAGAAUGAUCAGGUCAUUCCAAUGCACUCCGAAUUGUGGUCCUCGUCUCUGGCCGAAUCUGUACUGAAGAUCAAGAUGUGGGACCAUGUACGCCCAAUGGGAAAGACGAUAGAACGGGGAAGAACAUACAGAAUCAAGAACAUUUCCGAGCUCGAUGAAGAUGAUGCCAGUUCUGAUGUGCAUCCGCAAGAGUUUCUAGAACGCAAGAAGCGCUGGAAGACGAUUGAGUCGCACAACCGCAAGCCGGCACGAUUUGAUGCAAUGUUUCUGUCACGAUACUGACCUCACCUCUACUUUAUAUUAGACACGAAAUGUUCCUACUAUAGCCACUAGAAUUACGAUAUCAUCAGUG